AUCAGGAGAACAGCGCAGAAUGCUUACUGAAGGAUUUGGCACCGUCAGAUAUGGCUGAUGGUGUUUAACUACUUUGAUGAAAAUAUAUCAUUCAACAUGAUUUGCUGGGGUGAAUUUAAACUUCAGUGCCUUAAUAUUCUUAAUAAGAAAGAUAAAUGCAGCCUGGCAUCCAGUGCGUUAGGUGAACCUGCCAGAGCAAUUAGCGACCUGUCUAUGGGAGAGAGAAUAAUAGGCAUCGUCAGGCAAGAUGGAACGGCAUCGGUAGCAGUGAGAGCCCUGGAAAAAACUGGAGCAUGGGAACGAAUCAGCCUUAUGAGGCAUGCAACGAUUGCUGCUGUAUGUGUUGGGUCAACACACGUUGCAUUGCUGACGGAGGAAGGCACACUGCUUCAGUGGAAUCCCUUUGAUCUGCGCAGUCCUCAAAAGUGUGUGGCAUCCCUUCAAAACAAACAAGUGAUCCAAGUUGCAUGUGGGGAUCACCAUUCAUUGGCUCUUACUAAAGAUGGUCAGUUAUUCACGUGGGGCCAGAACUCCAAUGGUCAGCUGGGUCUGGGGAAAGGGCAGCCCAGCACGCUGUCCCCCCAGCCCCUCAAGUCUCUGGCGGGCAUCCCAUUGUCUCAGAUCAGCGCUGGUGGAGACCACAGCUUUGCCCUCUCCCUCUCAGGGGCCGUCUUUGGCUGGGGGAAGAAUACCACUGGACAGCUUGGCCUGGGGAAUAAAAAUGACAUUCCAGAACCAGUUCAAGUAACAAGUCUGAAUUGUAAGAAGACUGUCCACAUCGCUUGUGGAGAAGAGCAUACGGCCAUUUUAACCAAGGAUGGUUUGGUGUUUACGUGUGGAUCAGGCCGCUAUGGGCAGCUGGGCCACAACUCUCUUCAAGAUGAGCUGCGGCCACGGCUGGUGGCUGAACUCUGGGGGUCAAAGGUCACCCAGGUCACCUGCGGCAGAUAUCAUACACUGGCAUUUGUUGACUUGCAAAACAAAAUGUAUGCUUUUGGACGUGGAGAACAUGGACAACUUGGAAAUGGCCAGACAAACAAUCAAGUUAUUCCUCUCUCUGUCAGUCUACCAAAAGAGAUGGAGAAAAGCAAUGAAAGUGGCAUUAAGAACAUUUUUGCAGGAGCUAACCAGUCGUUUGCUGUCUGUUGGUCCGGAGAGAAACAAAUCAAGACCGUAUGGAAGUUGGAUUUAGAAAUAGCAGAUAGAUGGAUAUCCAGCAACUCAAAAUCCUGGUCAAAAUCAAAAAGGAUGAUCACAAAAAUGUUCUCAUCUGCUUCCUGCAUCAAUGGGAGUUUUCUUGAAAAGAGCUCUAGGAAAUAUUACUUGACGUCAGAACCUCAGGGUGGUUUGGAUUUGUCCUUGGCUCGGCAGUUUUUUGAGAAGCUGUCACAGAAUGAGAAGAUUCUAAAAGAGGUGGAGCGGGUGGUGUGUCAGCAUCUGCUCCCGUCUCUGAGCUCCAGGCCGGCAGCUGUGGAGGGCCUCAGGGUUUACCUCAUCCUGCCAGAACUGCUCAGGGUGCUGCUCAAACAGCAGCGGGGGACACAGCUCGCCAUCUCAUUGGCCGAGGCCAUUCUCAGGCUUCAUCCCGAUUCGCUCAAGGCUCUUGAGAGCAGCUGGUGCAGAAUAGGAUAUUCUUUCUUCAGGAAUCUGGUCAAGACCUUCCACUCAGUUUCCAGAAACUAUUUAAAUCAGACAAGAGAGAAUGGAAGAAGCUACUUACCAUCGCUGAGAAAAACUGUGGAGAUGUUACAAAAGCUCUAUACUGUUAACCACCAGAGGCCCAGCAGAUUAAGUGACAGUAAUUUUCAUAUUGAGGAGAUUAAUGAAUUCUUCGAAGUCAUGAAACAGACUAUGGAGUCAAUGCUUCGCCUGCCACUGGGAACCUGCAAUACCCUGCAUGUAAGCAGGCAAACUGUGCUCCAGGACACUCUGAGGCAUCUGCGAAGCAAUAGGCAUGACUUUAGCAGGCCUAUGACGGUGAAGUUCAUGGAAGAAGAUGGAGUUGAUGAAGGCGGUGUAUCCCAGGAGUUCUUUAGUCUUCUGAGUGAAGCCCUGAUCGCAAAGGAUACCACGCCCCUAGAGGUUUUUGAGGAAUCUGGAUUGGUGUGGUUCAUGUCAGACGACUGCAAAGCCGAUGUUUAUAGGGAUAUAGGCAUCAUUAUUGGGAUGGCUCUUUGGAAUCAUCACUUGGUCAAUAUUCCGUUUCCUUUGGCACUGUUUAAAAAACUACUGGGAAGGAUGCCAACAUUGGAGGACCUGGAGGAAAUGCUUCCAUGUGAGGCCAGGUGUUUGAGAGAAAUAUUGGAUUACGAUGAUGAAACUCUAGAGGUUUUGGAACUAGAUUUCACUGUUAAAGGCCAAGAUCUCAUUGCAAAUGGAAGAGAGAUUUUGGUGAACAGAGGAAACAGGACAAAGUUUGUUGACUUGUACUUGGACUUUGUGUUUAACAAAUCCAUGGCAAGACAGUUUGAGGCUUUUGCAGAGGGGUUUCUCUGUGCCUGCCCAACUGAGAGUUGGAAGAUGUUUCACCCCGAUGAGCUGAGGGUGCUGGUCUAUGGGGAGGCAGAGUAUGUGUGGGAGGAUCUCAAGAAGGUGGCUGAAUAUGACGGUUCAGAUUUGGUGAUUCAGAACUUCUGGAGUGUUCUGUUUGACCUGUCAAAAGAAGACAAAAUGAAAUUUCUGACUUUUGUCUAUGGGACUUACAGACUCCCCAUUGGCGGACUGGCCAAACGACAACUGUGCAUUGUAAAAGUGACAAACAUGGACAACUCUGAUGAAUACUUUCCCCAAUCAAACACAUGCUUUGGCACUUUAAGGCUUCCGAAUUAUAGAGACAUCAGCAUACUGCGUGGGAAACUUACUCACGCUAUUAACUACUGUGAUGUGAUUGGUAUGUUUUAGACCUUAUACAAGAAUACAAGGAGUUUUAGUAGAGUAGAGUAGAGGAGAGUAACAUUAUUGAUAGCCGGAGGAAAAUUAAGGUGUCCAGUAGCUUACACACAAUGCCCACAUGGACAUUUCAAGACACACAUUUACACAACAGGUAUUAACAAAGGCAGGUCAAGUCGGGGGGGAUGGGAGAAUGUGAGAUAUCCUAAGAGUUAAGGCAGCAUGUGUUAGCCUGGUUCUCACCGACGGUGCGUGUGUGUACACAAACUACUGUCUGGUAGCACUGCCGUUAUGCUCUUCUCUAGUCAGAAAAUAAAUGGUGCGUUUAUUGCAACUCAGUAAACAAAACAAUACAGUUUUCUGUUCUCUCUAAAGAGUCAAUGUAGUCUACAAUUUGUCCUGUGACUCAUCAUUGCAAGCUAACGUUGAUAUUUAAGUAAUAAACGCUCCGGUAGUGUGUGUUGCUGUGCUCCACCAGGGGGCUCCGGAGCUACACACACACCGUCGGUGAGAACCAGGCUAAGCAUGUGUAGGAUGUGUAGAAAAUAGAGUUGUUUGUACUGUACUGUGCAUAGGCGUGUGUGUGUGGUGGUAGUGGUGGCGGGGGGUGAUAGUAUCUAGGUUUACUAAUAAUUAAUAUUUAAGACCCGUUCCAGUGCAAUAGUUGAAAUUCAUAUAUGCAAGGUUUAUUAACUUGAGAGAGGGGGAGAGGAGACCAUUAGGCCCAAAGGCCUAUCCACUGGCCUCCUCACCCCAUCUCCCUGAAUAGGUGUUAACAGGUACAGGUACAGACAAAGAAGAAGAAAAACAAAGCCAGUGUCUGGAUUUAAAACACCCUCCACAGGAAGUGAGGUCACAUGGAAUGAUGUCACAUACAAUGAUAGUUUUAGCCAAUAGCAAUCAGCACCAGUGAUUCAUAACUAUCCCCUGGAGGCUUACUGGGAAAUUAACCUUUAUUGCCUCCUACAAACUAAGAGAGAGUUGUUCCUUCAUGGAUAAAACAAUGCAUGGACAUCCAAAUAUAAUGUAUCAGAUUGGGGGCAAUAUCCAGAUUCCUCAGGGGUUAGCCAACCUCUCCUCUCCAACCACUUCUCCCAAUCAGGAUUAGAACCCCCAAUCUCAGAGAGAGAGAGAGAGAGAUCUGCUAGUGUCAAGAGCGAACAUUGUCCCACGACCAGACCGACCUGGCCAUUUUUUCCCCACAUAUGUACAAGGUCUUGUCUACUGUACCGUUGAAGAUUAAAGUCAAGUUUACACUUGUAUGAUGAAGCUAUGUAUUAUACACUAAUGACUGUUCGACACUUUAUGCUGGCAAAAACAAAACACAGACGGCAAAACAGUUCCUUGUUGGUUACUCAUGUUACAUAUUCCAAGUGUACUUAUUAUAUUAUUAGAGUGUGUUAUAACUUAUUAUAUGUUUUGUAAAUUCCUACCUUUUGCAAAUAAAGACUUACGUUGCCUUCUAUUCAGUAGGCCUUUAGAUAAUAACCAGAGCCUAUCAUGGGGUAAGCUGGAUCUCUAACAUUUGUCAGAGAGAACAUGGUUUAGUAAUAAUCCUGCAUGAAUUAAUCUACAGGAGGUGGUAAACAAUAGCCCACAGGUGGCAUUUAAUGAAGCAAAUGAGGAGUCAAGGCUCUUCUAUUAGAUAACUUACCAUUACCUCAAGGUUAACCUAACCGGCUUUAUUGCUGAGCCAUGUUCUUAGAAUAACCUCCAGGUAAACGUGUUUAGGCCUACUUAUUCAUGAGGUGAUAAUGGGAAAUAUAGGCAGUCUGGGUUCUAUUUAACAAAUAGACUUACCAUCAUCUUUAAAAUCUCUGCUGCCAUUAGGUGUUGUUUAAUCAAUUAUAAAACACUUGUAAUGGAAUGUUAAGACUAAGAUAACCCUGAUUUUGACUUUCCCCCCACUUCUAUCAGAGGAUUUCCCA